CCAUCAAACAAUAGACUACGUGUAACGCGGCCUGUUGUUUUAGUCGCUAUUGAAUCAUCAGAUACUUUUUGCCUACUAUUAGGCGACUUAUAAAUUUGUAGUCGCCCACUUAUUUUUUUGUAUUGAUAAAAUUAUGACCACCCUGUUGCAUUUCCUCGUUUUAGUACUCUCGCUUCUCAUCCUCUUUCCGAGCAGUAUAAUUGCUCAGGUAGGUGGCCAAUGGGAGCUCUUACAAGAGAGCAUAGGAAUUUCAGCCAUGCACAUGCAACUUCUAAGUGACGACCGCGUCAUUAUCUACGACCGGACAGACUUCGGCCCUUCAAAUCUCACCCUUAGUGAAGCACAAUGUAGUCUUACUCCUAGAGACUGCACUGCUCAUUCAGCUGAGUACGACUCCCUAACCAACACCUUCCGCCCCCUUGUCGUAAUCACCAACAAUUGGUGCUCCUCGGGUUCCACCCUUUCGGAUGGAACCCUUGUCCAAACCGGUGGUUGGAGGGACGGAGAUAAGGUUGUUAGAACAUUUCAACCAUUUUGUAAUAGUGAAUGUGAUUGGGUAGAACUCCCUAAUAAGCUUCUCCAACGUAGGUGGUAUGCUAGUAACCAUGCCUUGCCCGAUGGUCGUAUAAUUAUAGUGGGUGGCACACAAGCUUUUAACUAUGAAUUUUUUCCUAAAACACCAUCCAAUUCUAAGCUAUUUAAGCUUCCAUUUCUACAACAAACUACAGAUUCAAGAGCAGAGAAUAACUUAUACCCAUUUGUGUUUCUUCAUGUAGAUGGAAACUUGUUCAUUUUUGCUAAUAAUCGUGCGAUUUUGUUCGAUUAUACGAAAGAUGUUGUUGUUAGGUCUUACCCGACAAUCCCAGGGGGUGAUCCGCGUAGUUAUCCUAGCACAGGAUCUGCUGUUCUUUUGCCUUUAAAGAAUUUAGAAUUGGGGUUGGAUAUUGAAGCAGAGGUAUUAAUUUGUGGGGGUGCUCCUACAGGGUCAUACUUAAAGGCACAAAAUUCAGGACAGUUUUUGCCUGCUUUGAAAACUUGUGCCCGUUUGAAGUUUUCAGAUCCAAACCCGACAUGGGUAGUCGAAUCCAUGCCAAUGGCUCGAGUUAUGGGUGAUAUGGUGCUCUUGCCAAAUGAAGAUGUCUUGUUGAUUAAUGGAGCUGGAAGAGGUACUGCUGGGUGGGAGCUGGGUCGGGACCCAGUUCUUACUCCUGUGAUUUACCACCCGGAUUAUGCCCCAGGAUCCAGAUUUGAGAACCAAGAUCCAGCUCGGAUCCCAAGGAUGUACCACUCCUGUGCGGUUUUGCUACGAGAUGGGCGGGUUUUAGUGGGUGGGAGCAACUCCCAUCAGUUCUACAACUUCACUAAUGUGCUCUUUCCUACUGAACUUAGCUUGGAGGCUUUUUCACCACCAUACUUGGAUCCAGCCAAUUCACGGAUCCGACCUACUAUUAUGAGUCCGAAAUCAGGUUUAAAGAUCAGUUAUGGGAAACAACUUUCAAUAAAAUUUGCAGUUAGUAGGAUGAUGAAUCCUUCUUCAAUUAAGGUUACUUUGCUUAGACCACCUUUCAACACACAUUCCUUCUCUAUGAGCCAGAGAUUGCUUGUCCUGACCAAAAAGCAGGCCAGAAUGCGGAUCAUUCCGCGUCUGCUUGGUCGAUUUGAAGUGAAGGUGAUGACACCCAUGACUGCGAACAUAGCUCCUCCUGGGUUUUACUUGCUGUUUUUGGUGCACCAAGAUAUUCCUAGUAAAGGAAUUUGGGUUCACCUUUCAUGA